GCGCCAGACUGUGCAGUGCCUAUCUGUCAGCUACAGUGUGUUAUCGCGAAUCUGAUUGAGCGUGAAGGAAAACAUGUAUGAUUUUACAAACUGAGAUUUUCAAAUGCUUGGACUUGAACUAAAACCUUAUAUCUCAAAUUGUGCUUUGGACUCACGAGAAAAUACGGCAAGCUGCAAGUUCUGGAUAGAACCAAGACAAGGAAAAGGUCGGGAAGUUACGGAUCUUUGUUGUCCGGACAAGAGAGAGGGGCCCGAUUUCAGAGCAGCCAGUCUCAGGUGAAGUUAACUAGCAAUCGCUACUAAGGAAGCCAGCAUCGUAAACCAGUUAUGAAGAGGAUAGUCCAGUUCUCUACAGGUUACGAGAUUACUCGUACAAUUAUUACCUUCAUGAAUGAGAGCUCUGAGAAACUGAUACAUAGGGUAUGUUAUUUAAUUCGGAUGUUGACCUCUGUCGUUGAUUUGACACUUGUCAACUAACCACGAAUAUCUAGCUAACUAGCAUUACCAGCUAGCUAGGUCCUCCUGUCUUGCCAACUAGCUAGCUCCUCCUGUCUUGCCAACUAGCUAGCUCCUCCUGUCUUGCCAACUAGCUAGCUCCUCCUGUCUUGCCAACUAGCUAGCUCCUCCUGUCUUGCCAACUAGCUAGCUCCUCCUGUCUUGCCAGCCACGCAAAUCUGUUGUUCAUGAGGUAACAGUAGUUAGCUUGCUAGCUACCAUUCUGGAUAGCUGCCUAUUUACCCUUUAAUUACUAUAACAGGGUUGCUAACUAUCUAGUUAAAAUCAGGUUAUAAACAUUUUUGUUUUGUGGGCUCAACAUAGGCUGUAACGUUAUAACGUUAGAUGUUCUUGAGAACACUCACUUUCUUUGUUGCGAUAGCUAGCCCCUAAUGGCAUUACUCGCUAACUAGCUAACGUUAUGCUAACAAUAAGGACCCGGACACAGACAGCCUGUUAGCGAGCUAGGAAACUAGCUACAUCCUUAAAAUAUACAGUUUAGCUAACGUUACGUCCACAAAACAAACAUGUUGUUUUCAUCUAAAGAGAGGUUAUUGCCAGAUAGCACACAACAAGGUUCGUUUACUAACCGUCUGUUGAUGAAGCAACAGCGUUGUAUUUUAAAUGUAACGGAUGUUUUAAACUGUGACAGGUGUUCUGAUUGAAGCGCUAGCACAGUCAGAGAAGUCGGUGGUUAAAUACCGGUUAUAAACGGUAUUGAGGUUGGAAGAUCAGGAUUUCUGCUCGCAGCUUGCUUUCAGCAGUGACGUUAUUUGGACCACCACGGGUACCCUGCCUAAUUCCUGUCCAAGGGAUGUUUUGGUUUUGAGCUGCACACCGUACUCCUUCCUGCAAGCUGUCUAACCUGGAGGGACUUUUUUAAAAUACAUUUUGUCCACUUUUGCUGCAUCAUUCAGACUUGCCAAGCUACAAUGGUGGUCAGGUGUUUUAACCUGUAGUAGCACCUCAAUCCCACCUCGACACACAACAGUGGGUUGGCCGUAGGGCUAAUCAAGGAUUCUGAACUGAAGGACCACACAGACUCUUGACUCCUCUAACUCUUCUGCUGGAAUAGACUAUACCUGUUUGCCCCCCUCCACCCCCCCAGUCCCCCUCUGCCUCCAUCCUCUCCUCCUCCUCCCCCAGUGUGUGAGGGUACAGAUGUGAGGAAGGCAGGAUGGGUACCCAGGGCAGCCCGGUGAAGAGUUAUGACUACCUGUUGAAGUUCCUCCUGGUCGGGGACAGUGAUGUGGGGAAAGGGGAGAUACUAGACAGCCUACAGGAUGGAUCUGCAGAGUCCCCAUACGCUUACAGCAGCGGCAUCGACUACAAGACGACCACUAUUCUGCUGGAUGGGAGGAGAGUCAAACUGGAGCUGUGGGACACGUCAGGACAGGGGAGGUUCUGCACCAUCUUCAGGUCCUACUCCAGAGGGGCUCAGGGGAUCCUGCUGGUGUAUGACAUCGCAAACCGCUGGUCGUUCGAAGGCAUCGACCGCUGGAUACGAGAGAUUGACGAGCAUGCCCCGGGUGUACCUCGUAUCCUGGUAGGUAACCGGCUCCACCUGGCGUUCAAGCGUCAGGUUCCUACGGAGCAGGCCCGGGCGUACGCUGAGAAGAAUGGCAUGACCUUCUUUGAGGUCAGCCCACUCUGCAACUUCAACGUCAUCGAGUCGUUCACAGAGCUGUCUCGCAUCGUCCUGAUGAGGCACGGCAUGGAGAAGUUCUGGAAGCCCAACAGAGUCUUCACUCUCCAGGACCUGUGCUGCAGAGCGAUUGUCUCCUGCACGCCUGUCCACCUGAUUGACAAGCUGCCGUUGCCCGUGGCGAUAAAGUCCCACCUCAAGUCCUUCUCUAUGGCCAAUGGGAUGAACGCAGUGAUGAUGCAUGGACGGUCCUAUUCUCUGGCCAACGCGGCGGGCGGGUCUAAAGGGAACAGUCUGAAGCGUUCUAAAUCUAUCAAACCCCCCCAGAGCCCCCCACAGAACUGCACACGCAACAACUGUAAAAUCUCCUAGUGAUAGACCCUGUCUGGGGGAGGGGGGAGACUCACACCCUAAACACACUGAAACAGACCCCCUCCCUUCCACUGAGGGGACAGACAAGCUGAGGAGAGGAUGUGUAGGGCCUGUGGAGAGAACCAAGUCUGAGACCUACCCUACACCCUGAAGGGAACAGAUACCCUGAAACAGACCUAGCCCUUAGCCCAUACCCUAACCCUGGGGGAGGAGAAACCCUGGGGGAGGAGAAGGAGAGGAGGGUGGUGAAACCUACUGUAGGAGGAGAGAGGUGUGUGUACAGUACACAGACUUGAGGAGACCCGACCAGACAUUUCUGGUCAACCCUCGUCCAUAGGAGGGGCUUGGCCAACCCCCCCCCCCACUGUGCUGGAGUAGUAAUACAUCCAGAAUACACCCACAUCCAGAAUACACCCACACCCAGAAUAUACCCAGAAUACAUCCACACCCAGAAUACAUCCACAUCCAGAAUACACCCAGAAUACAUCCACACCCAGAAUACAUCCAGAAUACAUCCACAUCCAGAAUACACCCA